AUGGCAUCCAUUAAAACUCUCCUCUGUGUCACAUUCAUAUCCUUAUCCAUAAUCCAAUUAGCAGUCUCAACCGAUCCAGACAUCCUAACCGACUAUGUCCUACCACCAAACACAACCGUAACCGAUCCAAACUAUUUCACAUUCACGGGGCUCCGAACACUCGUGGAUGCAUCCUACCCAAUUGCUUUUACAGCCAUUAAAGUAACCCAAAAUGAAUUCCCGGGUUUAACGGGCCAAAGUGUUUCCUAUGCUGUUCUCGAGUUCCCAAUCGGGUCUAUCAACCCGCUCCAUAUCCACCCGCGGGCUACUGAGCUUUUGUUUGUGAUUGCGGGCUCGUUACAAGUCGGGUUUGUUGACACCUCCAACAAGCUUUUUACUCAGAAGCUUUUGACUGGUGACAUGUUUGUGUUCCCUAAAGGAGUUGUGCAUUUUCAGUACAAUUCUAAUGGAACUGAGCCUGCUUUGGCUGUUUCGGCUUUUGGGAGUGCAAAUGCAGGGACACAGUCGAUUGCGAAUAGUGUUUUUAAUAGUACGAUUUAUGAGGGGAUUUUGGCUCAAUCGUUUAAUACUAGUGCAGAUAUUGUUGAAACGAUUGAGUCUGGGCUCAAGGGGUGA